CCGCAUGCCGUGCUAUAUAAAGUGACAAACUUGCACGUUUUGUCGUACUAGUCGACGUGCGCCAGCACAUCGUCAAGCUCUCAUCACUUGGCAAGAGUCGGGAGACCCAGGAGGACCAGGAAUUGAUAAAUCAUUGUCAGACAUUUGAGACAAGUGUCAAGGAAUGGAGACACACUGAAAGGAUUCAUUACCACCGGAAAUUCGUACGCCUGAUUAACUCAACUACCGGCUAAGUCCCCCCUUGUACGACUCAUCGUGCUUCAUAAUGUUCUUCUCAACUAUGGACUGUUGUCUCGUGUUCUUCUGCCUGGCUGUUAGUUUCCACCAUUCGUUCUCACUCAGCCGAGGAUCCACCGACUACGAGGACACAUCAUUCUGGAUGAAAUCUGGCCAGAAGAAUUUGCAGAGGGUGUUGGGCUUGAGGAAUAUUGAAAAACGUGCGAAAAACAUAAUAAUAUUCAUCGGCGAUGGCAUGGGAAUGGCAUCAAUAACAUCAGGGAGAAUAUUGACUGGUCAGCGAAAAGGUUUCGCCGGUGAAGAAUAUAAAUUAGUAUUCGAAGAAUUUCCAAACACUGGAUUCUCGAAGACUUACAACGUGGACAAGCAGGUGCCGGAUUCGGCUGGUACAGCGACUGCAAUAUUUUCCGGCGUCAAGAGCCGGUACAAGGUCAUUGGUUUAGAUGCGAAGGCCUCCUACAAUUCCUGUGACACGACUGUCAACGAAGCGAGAAAACUACCGACCUUGGCCGAUUGGGCCCAAGCAACUGGCAUGGAUACAGGUUUUGUGACAACGACGAGGAUAACUCAUGCCACCCCGGCAGCACUUUACGCUCAUGUAAAUAAUCGAGACUGGGAGUGUAAUAGCAAUAUUCCGCGGGAAUACAAGAAUUGCGCGAAGGAUAUUGCACGCCAAUUGGUUGAAGAUGCUCCAGGAAAUAAAUUCAAGGUAAUUAUGGGAGGCGGUGGUCAGAAUAUGGGCCAUCCCGUGAACGAUCCCCUCGACUCCGAGACUUGUGUACGAGACGAUGGAAAAGAUCUAACAGCGAUUUGGAAAGAAUUCAAUCCUCAGGGAAAAUUCGUAACAAAUGCAUCUGAUCUUAUGUCGUUGGAUAUCGCCAAAUCAUCGAAACUCCUGGGGAUCUUCGCGUCAAGUCAUAUGCCCUACCAUGAAGUGAGAACCGAAAAUACUCCGACUUUAGCGAACAUGACACUCCAGGCGAUUCGAAUGCUCCGGAAAAACAAGAACGGAUUCUUCCUCAUGGUCGAGAGUGGAAAAAUUGACAUCGCCCACCAUCAAAAUUACGCAAGGUUGGCGCUCCGCGAAGUGACGGAGCUGGAGGAAGCGGUUAAGAUGGCUCUAAGUCAAGUGAACAUCGAAGAAACGUUGAUCAUCGUCACCGCUGACCACUCUCACAGUUUCACCAUGAACGGCUAUCCAGAACGAGGCAACGAUAUUUUCGGACUGGCAAAUAACAAACUCGAUCCAAAAAUUAGACCUUAUGAAACCCUGACUUAUGCCAAUGGUCCCGGCUUCAUGUAUCAUAAGUUGAAUAGUACCAAUUCCACUGAUACCUUCAGAAGAGUUGAGGAUGAUCCCAACAGGGUAAAGCCUUUCUACAGAUUCUUCUCUCCAAUGUACCUGAAGGAUGACACACAUGGCGGUGAAGACGUUGGAGUUUAUGCUAUUGGACCCUAUUCGCACCUCUUCAGAGGUACUUUCGAACAAAACUACAUCGCCCAUGCUGUAGCCUACGCCAGUUGCCUGAAAGACUGGCCAUCCCACUGUGAUCGUGCUUACAAUCGAUUUUACUACGAAGUUGCAAACUCCUCGCCGAGCAUGUUCUCCACUCCCGUUUCCACCGUCAUCAUCGCCGCAUUGCUCGCUGUGCUCCGUCUGACUUGAGAAUCAGAGAGUGCUAAAAUCAUUGGGAAGUUUUAGUCAAUUUGAAAUUAUUUCCAACCCUGUUACCGUAAAUCUAUCACGUUCUUCCUCUAGUUUCUACUUUUAUAGUGAACUUAAUUAGAUCGUAAAUGUAAUCGACACCCCACGAAAGCACGAAAUUGCAAGCUUCCAGAAUCCAGUGCUAUUUUAUAUCAAGAGUAUUCCUCAUGCAAUGAGAUUUAUAUUGAGUGUGUUUGAUGAAUGAAUUGGAGAUAACCAUGUUAAACAUUUUCCUAGUAUUAUUAUAAGUGCUCAUUCAUUAUGAUGAAGGGAAAAAUGUUGACGCAGAACGAGUGAAUGUCCAGACCGUGGAUUUUAUUUAAUGAGCGUGUGUCGAUAUCAUGAAUAUACAUGAGUCUAUGAAAAUGCGGGACCAUUUUCUAUCAGAAUACAUAUCAAAUAUUUUAUAUAAAUUUGUUUUUAUCCUAAACAAUGUAUUUAUACUCAUACAGUCGCAAAAUGUUUGUGCAUAAGAAUUGAAUUUGUCAUAACUUUGCUCAAUUAAAAGAGUCAAAACCGAAUAA